CUAUUUUACAAAGAACAUUGAAGGAAUUUUGUGUAUUGUUUUUCCUCUGCAAAUUAAAUAAAUUUUAACCAAAAAUAAACAAUUUAUUUGAUAGCUGCUAAUGUAAACUUUAUUCCGAAGUACUUUUGCAAUAGGUUUUAUGUCAAUUUUCAUGUAAAUAAAUUAAGAUAUGAUAUCAAAAACCAUUGUGAAAGUGGCUUCUGUCGCUGCGACAACUUAGGAUACGACGAUACGAUUUCAGCACAAGGCGUUGACAAAGAAAAAACAAAAAAGACUCCAUUGUGGUGGAUUUAUGUUAUUAUUAUUGUUGUUAGUUAUUGUAAAACGAGAUAAUAUCCUCCUGCUCCCAGGGCACUCGCACAUAAUCAAUUUGAUUUAAUCCAAUUGUAUGCUUUCACUGGCCAAAGCAUUCAUGUAUAGCAUUAAAUUAUUGUUGGAUUUAAUCAUAAUUGGCUAUUAAAACGAGUUGGUCCCAAUGUCUACGAAUAACUUUUUGUUGAUUUUUUUGUAUAGUAUUAAAAAGAAGUAUUGAGUAUUAAAUAAGAAGCGUUAAUAAAAAUGGAAAUUGACGAUGGCAAUAAUGGUUCCUCUUCUGCUGUGCCAGAACAAUACGGUCCCGAAUGCAAGAAACCCAAAUUAAUGGAUGACACUCCAACGUCUUUGGAUGAUCAUGCCAAGGCAAUGAAAGUUGCCGGCUUCUCGUUGAGCGCCAUCGAAGAGAUGCGCAAUCGUGCCGAGGAGGAUUGCAAUAGCCAGACUUUGGAUCAACAGUUGCGACAUUUCCAGGUUCUAGAUGAAGUCGGUUCCAAUUCAGAAGAUGAAGAGGACAAUGGCAGCGAAAACGGCGAUGGCAUCCGUAGCAGCCAACAAAAUGGCGAUGAAGAUGAUGGCGGUGAUGAAUCCUCCGAUUUGGACUUAGACGAUGAAGAAAUUGAACAUUUGCUGGAUGAAAAUUUACCAGAUGACUUGAAGGGCUCAAAAAAGCCAAAAUAUGAGGAACGUUUCAAGACGGUAUUGGAAGAAAAACGCCACAAUCAUUUUGAAGUAUUACCCGAAGGCUGGGUACAAGUCACCCACAACAGUGGCAUGCCUUUAUAUUUGCACAAAAAGACUCGAGUUGUUUCAACGACAAGGCCUUAUUUUCUAGGAACUGGAAGUGCUAGGAAACAUGCAAUUCCUGUUGGUUCCAUACCCUGUCUAAACUAUCGACGAGCCUUGGCCGAAGAGGCGGAGGCUGAGAUAAGAAAGUCUGCCGAAACCACGAAAACGGCUGAAGAAAAUGGCAACAAUGAAGCGGCAGUAUCCUCAUCGACAGUAACAAAUUCCAAGUGUCCCUUUGGGUUUUCAGCCUCAGCGUCUGGCACAGAGGAAAAUAAUGUUACAACUUCAUCCUCGGCCGCGCCAAUGGAGAGUAUUGAGCAAAAUGGCAACAAAGAAAACAACAACAACGAUGACAAUGAUCAAAUUAUGACUGAAGAAGGCAAUACCGUGACAGAAGGCAACUCAGCCUCGACAGCCUCGUCGUCCAACAACACUGAAAGCAAUCAAAAAUCAUCCGAUGUAGAUAAAGAAAAGCUCCGCAGCCUGGUGCCGGCUGCCAAAAUUGUCACCGUCAACGAGAAUAUACAAAAAGAAUCUCUUACCCCCGAUCAGUUCAAUGAAUAUUGUCAGAAACUUUUCAAGUUUCGUGUGAUACGUGUUCUGCGUUUCCGGUCCUGGAAUGCAAGGCGGAAAUUUACCAAAAAUCGGAAAAACCUAAAGAAUAUACAAAGACCAACACUGCCCGAUGGUACAAAGUUGAUAAAGUUCCCGGUCUUGGUGCCCGGCGAUGGCAAAUCAAAUCCUCGUGCCCGCCGUGAAUGGAUUAUGAAUCCAAGUGGUAAAAGUUAUGUUUGUAUUCUACACGAGUAUGUCCAGCAUGCGUUGAAAAAACAACCCACAUAUGAGUUUAAAGAAUUGGAAAAUGCUGCCACACCCUAUGCUGCCACUGUUUCCAUAAAUGAUUUGAAAUAUGGUACAGGUUAUGGUACCAGUAAACGGCAGGCCAAAUCUGAGGCUGCCAGAGAAACCCUGGAGAUAUUAAUACCCGAAAUGAAGGAUAAAAUUACUGGGGUCAAACAGGAUAAAAGUGCCGUGGCCAGGAGUAAUCAAAAGGAUUUAUCGGUAUUCGAUGACAUACGAAUAGAAGAUCCCCGGGUAACAGAAUUUUGCAAUAAGACCACAGAGCCCACACCACAUGCCAUACUCCUGACAUGUUUGCAACGCAACUAUGGCCUGGGCGAGGAUGUACAAAUCAAUUAUGAAAUCAAUCGAACCCAUAGCAAAAAGAACGAGUUCACCAUGACGGUGGGUAAACAUACAGCCAAAGUAUUGUGUAAAAAUAAGCGGGAGGGUAAACAACUGGCCUCUCAGGCUAUUUUGCAGAUCCUCCAUCCCCACAUCAAAACCUGGGGCUCUCUGCUGCGCCUCUAUGGCAAUAAUUCCAUCAAAACUUUCAAGGAAAAGAAACAAGAAGAACAGGAAAUCACUGUGUUACAAAGCAAGGCUGCCAUUAAUCAACCAAAUUAUGCAAUUCUAGAUAAAUUACGAACGGAAAUGCUCAAGUUGUCGGAAAAGAAUAAAUCGGUACAGAGUAUAGGUUUAUUUAUACCACCAAGUGAUGUUGAUUUGCCUUCAUCUUCCGGUUCAAAUUUAAACAAUGUUGAACUUUAGAUAUAGAAAUAUGAUAACCUAAGUUAAUAUCUGACACUUGUUUAUGGCGACAAAUGCAGUUUUGUUUUAUUUUUUUUUUUUUUGUGGAUAUCAGUCAUGUACUUACGUAUAUAUAUACACAACAACAACUACUAUUCUAUGCUUUUGAACAAUAAUUGUGUGUUUAUUUUCUUAGUUAAAAAAUUUGAUAUUGUAGUCGAAUAAAUAAAGAAAUAAAUAUUUU